AUUUACAAGUACUGUACUGUAAUAGGUGUAACUUUACUUAUGAUAGAUUACAGUGUGAUUUAAUUGAUCACAAUUAAAGUAUUUGUAAUAAUACUUAUUGUAUUAAUAUAUUAAUUAAAGUAAUUGAAUAAUAAUUGAUAGUUUGGAGAGGAAUGGCAUUACAUUCUGCAGUGAAGGGCAAACUCAUUGCUGUGAUCGGCGAUGAGGACACUUGUGUUGGGUUUCUGUUGGGAGGCAUCGGAGAGAUGAACCGCCAGAAGAGUCCUCAACACAACUUCUUAGUGGUGGACAAGAAUACGACCACAACAGACAUUGAGGACACGUUUCGGGCGUUCCUCAAGAGGGAU